AUGGCCUGGACCCCUCUCCUGUUCCCCCUCUUCAUCCUCUGCACAGGUCUCUGUGCUGUGCCUGUGCUGACCCAGACCCCGUCUGCAUCUUCUUCCCUGGGAGGCUCGGCCAAGCUCACCUGCACCCUGAGCAGUGAGCACAGCACGUACUACAUUGAGUGGUAUCAACAGAGAGUAGGGCAGGCCCCUAGGUAUCUGAUGAAGCUGACCAGUGACGGAAGCGUCACCAAGGGGGAUGGGAUCCCCGACCGCUUCUCAGGCUCCAGCUCUGGGGCUGACCGCUACCUGACCAUCGCCAACAUCCAGUCUGAGGACGAGACUGAGUAUAUCUGUGGUGUCAACUAUAACACUGAUGGCCAAGCUGUGUCACUGUGUAAUGUGUUCGGCGGAGGGACCAAGCUGACCGUCCUGGGUCAGCCCAAGUCCUCGCCCUCAGUCACUCUGUUCGCGCCCUCCAAUGAGGAGCUCAACGCCAACAAGGCCACCCUGGUGUGUCUCAUCAAUGACUUCUACCCGGGCAGCGUGACGGUGGCCUGGAAGUCAGGCAGCACCACCAUCACCAAGGGCGUGGAGACCAGCCAGCCCUCGAAACAGAGCAACAGCAAGUACGCGGCCAGCAGCUACCUGGCCCUGACGGCCAGCGAGUGGAAAUCUUAUGAGAAGGGGGUCAGCUGCCAGGUCACGCACGAUGGGAAAACCGUGGAGAAGACAGUGUCGCCCUCCGAGUGCCCUUAGGUCCUGGUCCUCACAUCCUCAGGGGACUGGAGCCACAGGACCCCUGGAGGGUCUACCCACCCACCCUGGUCCCCCCAGCCCUUCCUCCUGCACCCAGUCAACUCUCAAUAAAAUGUCCUCAUUGUCAUUCAGAA